AUGUGUUGUAGUCAGGGGGCCCUCACUGGAAUUGGCACUAUACUGUUUGGACUUCCAGCCUCCAACAUUGUUCACUACCCAGAACUCUUCGUUUGGGUCAGUCAAGAACCGUUUGCAGGCAAGGAAAUGGAGAGAAGCCUUCCUAAGAGAAGGUUUCACGUCCCAAAGGAAGUGAAUGACAAGAAGAUCAAUGAGACCAACAGUGUCCCCCUGACUCCACUGGGCAGCAAUGAACCCCACUCCCCAAGUAUCAGUUACCUCCACUUGUUUGAAUGUCACCCUGUGCCCACCCUCCAGCAGCAGCCACUUGGUGUUCAUCCCUACCCACUGCAGGAACCAGCUCUGACCACUGAUGUGGCCUUCAGUGAUCAAAGAAGCAGGCUAUCCCAUAGCCCACGUGGCCCUUAA